GACGAAGAGGAGCAGAUGAAGAAACAGAAACAUUAAAGACGUGGGAUAUAAACAGCUGAGGAGGCAGCAGGAUUCUCUGCAGCAGCAGCAGCAGAGCCGGUCACCAUGAGUCUGGACGAGGAUGCUCGUUGGCUGGAGUGGGUCACAAAACAGUUUGAGACCAUCGCCGGAGACGACAAAGAGAUCGACAUCGACGAGUUUAAAACGGCUCUCAAGGUCAAAGAGUCUUUCUUUGCCGAGCGUUUCUUUGCGCUUUUUGACUCUGACGGCAGCAGCUCCAUCAGUCUGGACGAGCUGCUGGAAGCUCUGGAACUCUUGAUCCAUGGCAGCGAGACAGAUAAGCUCAAGUUCCUGUUCCAGGUCUACGACGUGGACGGCAGCGGUUCAAUCGAUCCAGACGAGCUGCGAACUGUUUUGAAGUCAUGUCUACGCGAGAGCGCCAUCUCUCUGCCGGAGGAGAAACUGGAUGAUUUGACGCUGGCGCUGUUUGAGUCGGCCGACAAAGACAACAGCGGCUCCAUCACCUUUGAGGAGCUCAAAGCUGAGCUGGAGAACUUCCCUGAGGUGAUGGAGAACCUCACCAUCAGUGCUGCUAACUGGCUGAAGCCUCCCGAUUUGGAUCAGAAGAAGCGCCAAGCUCCUCGUUACCUGACUCGAGCCUACUGGCACAACAACAGCAGGAAGUUGCUGUUCCUGUGUCUGUACGCCUGCCUCAGCAUGCUGCUCUUCAUCGGGGCCAUGCUGCAGAACCGUCACGGCGGCGUCUGCUUCAUGGUGGCGAAGGGCUGCGGACAGUGUCUCAACUUCAACUGCACCUUUGUCAUGGUGCUGAUGCUGCGUCGCUGUCUGACGUGGCUGCGGGCGACGUGGGUGGUGAGGGUCUUACCUCUGGACCAGAACAUCCUGCUGCAUCAGAUCGUGGGCUACGCCAUCUUAAUCUACACGGUGGUGCACACCACUGCUCACGUCUUCAACUUCAUGCAGAUGGCAGAGAGCAGUGAGUACCACCUGUGGGAGUACCUGCUGACCACGCGGCCGGGGAUCGGCUGGGUGAAGGGGACGGCCUCGGUGACCGGGGUCGUCCUGCAGGUGUUGAUCAGCCUCAUGGUGCUCUGCUCCAGCACCUUUGUACGACGCAGCGGACACUUUGAGGUGUUUUACUGGUCUCACCUGUCCUAUGUGUUGGUCUGGGCUCUGCUGGUGGUUCACUGUGCAAACUUCUGGAAGUGGUUUGUGGUUCCUGGUUUGCUCUUCCUGCUGGAGAAGAUCGUGGGAAUCGCUGUCUCGCGCAUGGGAGGUCUUUACAUCGUCGAGGUCAACCUGCUGCCGUCAAAGGUGACUCACCUAGUGAUCAAACGUCCUCAGUUCUUCCAUUUCAAACCUGGAGAUUACGUCUACAUCAACAUUCCCGUGAUCGCCAAGUACGAGUGGCACCCGUUCACCAUCAGCAGCGCUCCGGAACAGUCAGAGAGUCUGUGGCUUCACAUCCGCUCGAUGGGUCAGUGGACCAACCGCCUGUACGAGUACUUCAGAGAGUCAGACAGCGAGAUGGUCAGCCCGAAGAGACUGGCCACCAGCCUGAGGAACCGGAGACAGCUGCUGACGGCCCAGGAGGAGCUGUUCAGCUCCACAAACAGUAACGGAGCCGUAGCUUAUAACGAGGAUGACGCCAUCGAGCUUAAGAUGUACCGUCAGAACGGCUUCGAGGCCGAUGAGGCUCCGCCCUCCCCACCUUCUGGAUCUCAGGGCCUGGCGGAGCCUCUUCCAGAUGGGCUGGAGCCGGCAGAGCGAGGAGAGGCUCCUCCACUCAGAGAGGUUUCUGCCAAGUUUGGUGAGAAUCACAGAUUCUGCAACAUCAAGUGUUACGUAGACGGACCGUAUGGGACACCUACGAGACAGAUCUUUGCCUCUGAGCAUGCGGUCCUGAUCGGGGCCGGUAUCGGGAUCACACCAUUCGCCUCCAUCCUGCAGAGCAUCAUGUACCGAUACCGCAUGAGGAAGCAGAACUGUCCGAACUGUAACUACUCCUGGUGUGAAAACAUCAAAGACAGCGAGAUGAAGUUACGCAAAGUCGACUUCAUCUGGAUCAACAGAGACCAGAAGUCGUUUGAAUGGUUUGUUAGUUUACUGACCAAACUGGAGAUGGACCAGGCUGAUGAGGAGCCAGAAGGCCGAUUCCUGGAGAUGCACAUGUACAUGACGUCAGCUCUCAGUAAGAACGACAUGAAGGCCAUCGGCCUGCAAAUGGCGCUGGACCUGCUGGCCAAGAAGGAGAAGAGAGACUCCAUCACCGGACUGAGGACCAGAACCCAACCUGGACGCCCUGAGUGGGGGAAGGUGUUUCAGAAGGUGUCGGAGGAGAAUAAAGGGAAAGUCCACGUGUUUUACUGCGGUGCUCCUGCUCUGGCUAAAGUCAUCAAAGCUCAGUGUGAACACUUCAGCUUCAACUUCUACAAGGAGAACUUCUGAGGUCACCUGCUGUUCAACACACAACUCCUGCUGCGUCUCCCUGUGUGUGUGUGUGUGUGUGUGUGUGUGUGUGUGUUGCGUGCGUG